GGCCGCAGCACCGGGCAGGGCGGUUCAUCCGAGGACGAACGGGCCGUUUCCGCGGCGCGGCGCGGCCCGGGGGGGCGGCAGCGAUGGGGACGGACGCGGCGAGCCAGGGCGCCCGGGGGGACCGGAGCUCCAGCGGCCACGGGCGCCGGUGGAGGAGCACGGCGGGGCGGAGAGGGAGGGCGGCCGCGAGGAGCGCAGGUAGGGGCGGCCGUCGGGGGGCCGCGCCGUCGGGGCGAGCCCCGCGCAUCCCGGGGGAGCUCCGGUUUCAGCGGGCGGGAGGAGGGGAGGGGGGGCGGCGGAGCCGGUGCCUGCCCGCGGGGGGAGCGGAGCCACGCGCGGCGGCGCGGGGAGGGCCGGGCCCGCGGCCGCGCUUAUUUGUAAACAAAAGGAGCGGCGCGGCCCGAACAAAAGCGGCGAGGCGGCGCCGGGCGGCUGCCUCCCCCCCCCCCGCCCCCCCCGCGCCCCGCCGGCCCCCGCGCUCACUUGGAGGACCAGCCUCGCCACUUCACCAGCAGUGCUUCCAGCGACGGUCUCCUCCCUCACCACGUGGCUGCCUGGCUCCUGCCCGGGAUCAGACCUGCUCUCCAGGAGCAUCUCCUUUCCUGGAUGCUGCUCGCUUCCGUACCGAGGUUGAGGAGCGGCUGCUGCGAGGCCCCGACGGCUCCUGGCUCCGGCGCCAAGGGUCAGCGACGGGCGUGAGCCUCCGCGACGGGCAGCGCCCCGCGGCACCGGAGCCCCCUCGCCGCCGCCCAGCGGCAGGUCUGACCGGCGUGGAUUCGCUGACCGGAGCCCGGCGACCCAGAGUCCAGCGCCAGCACCGCGGGAGAGGCUUGGCUGAACACAAGGGCAACCAGGACGCCACGGCUCCGCCGGACGCGAUGGCCCAGCCCUACCCCCCGGCCCAGUACCCCCCGCCUCCCCAGAACGGGAUCCCCGCAGAGUACGCGCCGCCGCACCCCCACCCCACGCCGGACUACUCGGGGCAAAGCACAGUACCGGAGCACGCCAUGACCCUCUACACACCAGCACAGAGCCACGCCGAGCAGCCGGGCACCGACGCCAGCACACAGUCCAUAGCAGGGACGCAGACGGCACCGCAGACAGACGAAGCGGCACAGACAGACAGCCAACAGCUACACCCCUCAGAGAACACAGACAAGCAGCAGCCCAAGCGGUUACACGUCUCCAACAUCCCCUUUCGGUUCCGGGACCCCGACCUGCGGCAAAUGUUCGGGCAAUUUGGGAAGAUCCUCGACGUGGAGAUAAUUUUCAACGAGCGGGGCUCCAAGGGUUUUGGGUUUGUAACUUUUGAAACUAGCACAGAUGCCGACCGGGCGCGAGAGAAGCUGAAUGGCACGAUCGUAGAGGGCCGGAAGAUUGAGGUGAACAACGCCACGGCCCGGGUCAUGACGAACAAGAAGGCGACAAACCCCUACACCAACGGCUGGAAGCUGAACCCGGUGGUGGGAGCCGUCUACGGCCCCGAGUUCUAUGCAGUAACGGGGUUCCCCUACCCCGCCACGGGGACGGCCGUGGCCUACCGAGGGGCCCACUUGCGGGGCCGAGGACGCGCCGUCUACAACACCUUCCGCGCCGCCCCGCCGCCGCCGCCCAUCCCCACCUACGGCGCGGUCGUGUACCAGGACGGGUUCUACGGAGCCGAGAUCUACGGGGGCUACGCUGCCUACAGAUACGCCCAGCCCGCCGCCGCCGCCGCUGCCUACAGCGACAGCUACGGCCGAGUGUACGCCGCCGCGGACCCCUACCACCACACCAUCGGCCCCGCCGCCACGUACAGCAUCGGCACCAUGUGAAACCGCAGCCGUUUCCUUCUGGGACCAGGAAGGGCAAAAACAAAAAAAAAAAACACACAAAAAAACCACAAAAAAAUUAAAAAAUUAAAAGCAAAGCAACAAAAAAAAUCAAAGCGGCAACAGCCAAGUGACCAGUCCCAUACGUCCACACACAUGCACCGAGCGAGCGAGCGAGCGGCGGAGCGCCACGGAGAGCCCGGCCGGCCGCAGCCGCGGCGGGAGCCCCAGGGCGGGAGGCAGCCGCCGCCGCCGCACGGACGCUGCCGGCCCCAGGGCACCACGUCUUCCGCACGGCGCCCCGGCCGGGGGUGGCUGGGCCCUGGCGUGGGGGGGGGGGGCCGUGCUUCCCCUUCCCGGAGCGCCGGCGCGUUUAGCGCUUGCCAGUCAUCAGUGUGUCGAGUGUGCGAGGCCUCGGCUCCCCACGCCGAGCCGGGGCGGCAGCGCGGCCGCUUUGCUGAGGCACCGGGUGUUGCGGGGGGAAGAGCCUCUGCGUUUUAAAGGGAAUUUUUGUUAAGAGGAGCCUGCAACUCGCUUGCAUUCCCGUCCCGUCCCCCCUCCCCGGUCCCGUCCCGUCCCGUCCCCUCGCCAAACCCGACAGAUGCCACUCGCCAGGGCCACCCCGCGUCGCCCUGCGGGUCUCGGCCGUGGUGGGACCGGGACGCCAGCGUCCCCCCGGCCCCCGCCGCCUCUUCGCACCUUGCCGCGGUGGCAGCCGCCGCGGCAGCGCGCGCCUCCUUUUCUAUUCCCGGUGUACAUAGCCCCGGCGCGGCCCGGCCCCUGUACAAAGCUCCUUCGUCGCUCUGCUGGCUUCUCCCCCGCGGCAGCCCCCGCCGGCCCGCGCAGCCGGCCCCGGCCGCGCUGUAUGCUUCAAAGGUGUGACCAUUCUAAUAAACAGUAUUAUUAUUAUUAUUAUUAUUAUUAUUAUUACUACAAGGAUUAUUAUUAUUAUUAUUGAAAUUAUUAAUAAAGAUUUCUUUCUUCAA